AGUAUCUAUUUUGUCAUUUCUCAGCGUUGUUGAUAUCUUUUAAUCGAGGGGUGUAGUAAGUGAUUAUAGAUGUACUCCACAAUCUGUAAAUCAGAACAUGAAUAUUGAUUUCAAAACAAGAUUCAAAGUGUCUAUGAGACACGCUAUAAAUGUGUUGAUAUAAAGCACCGACUCCUCUGUCCACCCCAGAGAUAAACUGGUCAGACCAUGCCCUGUUGUGGGAGCAGAAGCAGCAGUAGCUGCUCCAGCUCUCGUGGACCCUUGAGAAGUAUGAGAUCCAUGCCGAUGUUCGCCUGAGCCCCCCCCCCAGCACAAGUCCCUGACACUGGGCCUACCCAACGGGACCACUCUGAGGCUUCAGGCCUGCUUCUCUCGUCCAGUCUUCCAAACUGUUAUGGGAGUCUGUCAUCUGCUGAGUAAGUACAUGUAUGAGGAGUUCCUACCUAAAUAAAAGUAAGAAGUUAUUGUUGCAGAUAUUGUAAUUGGAACACAUAAAAGCAGAACAUUAUCUACAGUAACAAACAUGAUACAACAUCAGGUACAAUAACUAAAUUCCCCUGUUACACCUGGACGCAUCAAUUAAGAUUACAUGGGUACUAUCCUAUGGAACCGCUGGUGGAAAUUAAGGAGAGAAACAACCAAAUAUAAUAAGACAAGGGGGGGGUGCAGGGGCUACAUUAAGUUCUCAGCAGAGAGGUUGCUCUCCAAGUAGUCGAGGAAUGGCUGCCAGACCUUGUAAAACUAACUGUUGAGUGGAGUCACGGGUGAAAUACUUUAGCUUUGAGAUGGGCCAUAACAUUCCAUAACCCAGUGAGCAUGUGAUGGCUUGGUAUCGGACUUCCAAUUAAAAACAAGAAGGCAUAAAAAUUGUGGUUGAAAUCAAUGAUGUAUAUAAACCCUGGAUUGCUGAUGCUACGUAUGUAUUGGCCAAUUAGUUAUAUAUGAAACAAUCAAAUAUUCUGGUAAAUGUUUUUAUACACUGAACAAAAAUAUAAACGUAAAGUGUAACAAAUUAAAAGACUUUACUGAGUUACAGUUCACAUAAGCAAAUCAGUCCAUUAAAAUAAAUUCAAUAGGCCCUAAUCUACUGUGUGGAUUUCACAUUUCUGGGAAUACAGAUAUGCAUCUAAUGGUCACUGAUACCUUUAAAAAAAUGUCUUCAAUGGCUUUGUGAACACCAUCUACUGCAUCUUGCCUAUGCCGUUCUGUACCAUCACUCAUUCAUAUAUCUUUAUGUACAUAUUCUUUAUCCCUUUACACUUGUGUGUAUAAGGUAGUAGUUGUGGAAUUGUUAGGUUAGAUUACUCGUUUGUUAUUACUGCAUUGUCGGAACUAGAAGCACAAGCAUUUCUCUACACUUGCAUUGACAUCUGCUAACCAUAUGUAUGUGACAAAUAAAAUGUGAUUUGAAGUUGCUGAAUAUUGGCGGGAACAGGAACACGCUGCCGUACACGUCGAUCCAGAGCAUCCCAAACAUGAUCAAUGGAUAACAUGUCUGGUGAGUAUGCAGGCCAUGAAAAAACUGGGCCAUUUGCAGCUUCCAGGAAUUGUGCACAGAUUCUCAUGACAUGGGGCCGUGCAUUAUCAUGCUGAAACGUGAGGUGAUGGCGGCAGAUGAUUGACACGACAAUGGGCCUCAGGAUCUCGUCAAGGUAUCUCUGUGCAUUCAAAUUGCCAUUGAUAAAAUGUAAAAUGCCUGUCCAUAUCAUAGCCAGGUCGCUGAAAACGGCUGCACAGUACAGUCUUUUAUCGAUGGCGGUUAUGAUAUCAUUUAGGACCUUGAUCGUGGCUGAGGUGUACCAAUGACCAGCUCGGAAGCCAGAUUGCAUAGUGGAGAAUGUGCGGUGGGAUUUGAAAUGGUCGGUGAUCUGUUUGUUAACUUGGCUUUCAAAGAUUUUUAGGAAGGCGUGGCAGGAUGGAUAUAUGUCUACAACAGUUUGGGUCUAGAGUGUCUCCCCUUUGAAGAAGGGGAUGACCACGGCAGCUUUCCAAUCUUUGGGGAUCUCAGACGAUGCGAAAGAUGUUCAAUCUUAUACCAGUAAUAACGGUUGCAACAAUUUCGGUGGAUAAUUUUAGAAAGAGAGGGUCCAGAUUGUCUAGCCCAGCUAUAACAUACCUCCUCAGUGUAAUCCCUCUCCCCUUUUCGGGAGAAUGGUUCAAGAAGUGAAUUACUUUUUUUAGGAAGUUUCUCUGGCGAGAGAAACAAACCCCCUUGAGUCAGCCAUUCAAAAUGAUCAAUGGACAGAAAUAGAGGUGGCCUGGGCCUUCCUGAUAUUCAGAAAAAACUAUUUGUUAUUUAUUGCAAGGUACCCUCUUAAAUGGGCUUAUAACAACAAUCCCACUCCUUGGAAGGUCAUAGAACAAGAGGUCUUUGACAUUAACAAAUGUUCGUUGUCUCUUCGGGCCCUGUGGUACAAUCCAAAGUACUGGGAAGGAAUAAAGAAUCUCAUUUUAAAAUGUUUCUGUGAGAUUAUACAUACAUACAACUUUGAGCUUUGUUGGAAUCAUUCAUCCCAAGCCCCUCUUUGGUAAAAUUGGGGUUUGUUGAAUAAUGGAAAAUCAAAUUUAUUUGAUGAGAACAAUAUGGGAUCAUUUGAACAAAUCAGAAAUUAAUUACAUUUUCCGAAUAAGGUCUUCCUACUCUACUUACAAAUAAGGUCACAUUUUUCUAAACAUGUGGGAGAGAAGAUCUCCAAAGUCUACUGAAUUGGAAAACUGAAAUGUUAAGUACAAUAGUCACUUAGCUAAUCAAUUUGAUAAAAUCCUUUCUCACUCCAGAUCUUGUGUAUGCCACGUGUAGAAUUGUGCUGGGAGAAUUAUUUAGGUGUCCACCUUUCUUCUGAAACAUGGGAACAUAUCUGGAAAAAAAUUAUGUUUUGAAUAAUUGUAUCCAUUUCAAAUGUCUGUAUAGAGAAUAUUUGACCCCUAGGAAAUUGAAACUCAUGCAACCUUCUGUGUCUGACAAAUGUUGGCACUGUUGUAGGGGCUAUGGACAAUUUAUACAUGGUCUGGAAAUGACCUAAAUGUAUUCGAUAUUGGUCCAUGGUAUUGAAAUAAUUUUGAGUCAUUACCGGAAUACAGGAAUACAGUGCAUUUGGAAAGUAUUCAGAUCCCUCAACUUUUUUCCACAUGUUGUUAUGUUUACAGUUUUUUUCUAAAAUUGAUUAAAUAUGUUUUUCCCCCUUAUCAAUCUACACACAAUACCAGAUGAAUACAAAGCAAAAACAGGCUUUCAGAAAUUUUUGCAAUGUAUUAAAAAUAAAAAACUGAAAUACCUUAUUUACAUAAGUAUUCAGACCCUUUACUCAGAAAUCUCACCUCCAAUCUCACCUCCCAUGAAUGCUUUACAUGGUCAAGAGUGGGGCAUAUCAUAUUCUGAAUAAUGUCUUAAACCAUAGAAAGACUGUAUGUCCCUUUACAUGCGGAUCCAGGAUCAAACAUUCAUCAAGCCAGCUGGUGGGUGGGAGAGAUGGGAAAGAGGGGAAAUCUUUUUUUGUAAAGUUGCGAAUCUGCAGGUACCCGAAGAAGUGCAUCUGGGCUAUACCGAGCUCUCUAACUAGAGGUUUAUUGUUGCAGGUGUUAAUCAGUAUUCCCUCGCACUGCUCAUUCUCAGACAUGCGUCACCCAGAGGAGCGGUCGUUGUUACGGCCGGUGGAGGAGAAGAAAAAGAAGAAAGACACGGAGGAGGAAGUAGUAGUAUAUGAUCUAACAAGCCUUCGUAUCUCAUCAGGUCCAGCUCACACCGUGUCCAAUGGCAUGCCUGUGCACUUUGCUGACUCACCCCAGACUGAGGCUGUGUAUAAGAUGUUGUCUGUCAGCCUACCUGCUCCUGAGACUAAGUUCACAGCAGGUGUCUGUGUGUUCACAACACACAUAGAUAUGUUUAGGGAGUGCAAGAGCAUGACAGGCUGCUGCUACACUUCAAAUACUACUGCUUCCAUGACCUGCAGCCCAAGUAUGACGCAGUCCGUCUGACCCAGAUGUUUGAGCAGGCUCACUGGGCCUUCUUGUUGGAGGAUGUUGGCUGCACAGAGGAAGAGAUGAUGCUCUUUGCUGCCCUUCAGGACCAGAUUGGUAAAGGUGUCUCUGUCAGAGCCCCGGCUGAUGACAUCAUGUCCUGCCAUGGAUGACCUUGACUCCGCCCUGCAGUGUUUGGAGGUGAAGAUGGAUGCAGAGGAGAGCAGCGCUGAAGACAUGCUGGAAACAAUGAGGGUAGCACCAGAGCUGCAUGACUACUUGGAACAUCUUCAGGUGGCCAUCGAGUUCAAUGGCAAUGUGAACAUUGCCUUCAGCUGUGUGACUGCUACCUGCAAGAUUGUGCAUGAGUACAUUGGGGGCUAUAUCUUCAUUGCCACACACACCAGAGAGCAGACAGAGGUGUUGAACCAGAUGCUCUUUUACAAGCUGACUGGUGGCCAUGAAGCCCUCUAAAUAUCCAUGAGAUGAAGCUCUGGAACUCUCUUUAUGGUUUCAUCAUACUGUCAUAGACAGCUAGCUGGUCUGACCAGCAUGGUCUAGCUGGUUAUGCUUAUUGUUCAGCAUGUUCUAGCUGGUCUGACCAGCAUGGUCUAGCUGGUUAUGCUUGUUGUCCAGCAUAGUCUAGCUGGUUAUGUUUGUUGUCCAGCAUGGUCUAGCUGGUCUGACCAGCAUAGUCUAGCGCUUGUUGUCAAGCAUGGUCGAGCUGGUCUGACCAGCAUGGUCUAGCUGGUUAUGCUUGUUGUCCAGCAUGGUCUAGCUGAUCUGACCAGCAUGGUCUAACUGGUUAUGCUUGUUGUUCAGCAUGGUCUAGCUGGUCUGACCAGCAUGGUCUAGCUUGCUAUCCUGGUUUACCAGCAUAGUCUAGCUGGUUACUCAUAUGGAAAAGAAUCAUGAAAAUCAAAUAAGAAUCUUGUAUGGCAGAAGAAGAGUAUUUGUACCAAUAUCUAAUAAGUUAUCUAAUAAGGAUCUGGUAAUGUUUUCCCUUAUAUGUCAGUGAUGUACUUGUAUAUGUUUUAUAUGCCUUAUAUGACAUACACAAUUGAAUACAUGAUUGUGGUGAAUUUACAACAUAGAUAUGGUAUAACCUAUUUGAGUAAAAUAUAUGAAUUAUGAGUCAUCUAUGAAUAUUAUAAGAAAGGUGUAUGUUCUACAAAAUAAAUGCUUUCCUUGUGGGUUUCACAUAGUAUUUUUUACAAGUCAACAUAUAAAAAACAUGAGAAUUACUAUAAGAAAAAUACAAUAUUUGUAUAUACAUUUUCCAGUAUGAGUUUCCAUAGUUAAAGCUGGGCAGCACCUCCUAUCCAGGGUUUUAACCAAGCCCAGCUUAGCUUUGAUAUUUGUCACUGACUACUACCAAUGUGCUAUUGUGAGAAUAAUAGUUGAGAGAGCACCACUAUCUAAAUAGAUUCACUGCUCCUAUCAAAGUCAUUCUUCCCCUUCCUCCUCCUCCUGCUUUCCCCCAUCCCCUUCCUCCUCCUCCUCCUGCUUUCCCCCAUCCCCUUCCUCCUCCUCUUCCUGCUUUCCCCCAUCCCCUUCCUCCUCCUCUUCCUGCUUUCCCCCAUCCCCUUCCUCCUCCUCCUCCUGCUUUCCCCCGUCCCCUUCCUCCUCCUGCUUUCCCCCAUCCCCUUCCUCCUCCUCUUCCUGCUUUCCCCCAUCCCCUUCCUCCUCCUCCUCCUGCUUUCCCCCGUCCCCUUCCUCCUCCUCUUCCUGCUUUCCCCGUCCCCUUCCUCCUCCUCCUCCUGCUUUCCCCCAUCCCCUUCCUCCUCCUGCUUUCCCGUGUCCCCUUCCUCCUCCUGCUUUUCCCCGUCCCCUUCCUCCUCCUCCUCCUGCUUUCCCCCGUCCCCUUCCUCCUCCUGCUUUCCCCCAUCCCCUUCCUCCUCCUCCUGCUUUCCCCCGUCCCCUUCUUCCUCCUGCUUUCCCCGUCCCCUUCCUCCUCCUGCUUUCCCCCAUCCCCUUCCUCCUCCUACUUUCCCCUGUCCCCUUACUCCUCCUGCUUUCCCCCAUCCCCUUCCUCCUCCUGCUUUCCCCGUACCUUUCCUCCUCCUGCUUUCUCCCGUCCCCUUCCUCCUCCUCCAGCUUUCCCCAGUCCCCUUCCUCCCCCUCCUCCUGCUUUCCCGUGUCCCCCUUCAUCCCCUGCUCCUCCUCUUCUCCCCUCCUCUUCUCCCCCUCCUGCUUUCCCCCUUCCUCCAGCUGCUCCUCCUCCCCUUCCUACUUUCCCCCAUCCCACUUCCUCCUCCACCUGCUUCUCUCCUCUCCUCCCCCUCCUUCCUCCUCCUGUUUUCCCCAUCCUGCUUUCCCCCGUCCCCUUCCUCCACCUGCUCCUCCUCCUCUCCUCUCCCUCCUUCCCACUCCUGCUCCUCCUCUUCUUUUCCCCCCUUUCUUCCACCUGCUCCUCCUCGCAGCGGACUCUCCAUCUUUCUUGAAUUAGUGUGUCGUUGCGUGACCUUAGAAGGCUAAAUUAAAAUGUAUGUUGUAUGUUUUUUAUAGAAUACACUUAAAAUGUAUGUUAUGUCUAAAUGUUACCCACCCAUAUACUGUAAUAUUACAAGAAUUUCCUAUGAAUAUUGUAAGUAUAUUGGCUGCCAUAUGUAUUUCUUACAAGUUCCAGGUAGAACAUAUAAAAUAUUGUUCAAUUCUUCUAUAUCUUUUCCAUAUGGUUAUGCUGGUAUGUCAUUUAUUGUCUUAAAUAAUUCCUUUUUUAGAUGCCUUCAGCUGUGUGACUGCUACCUGCAAGAUUGUGCACGUGUACAUUGGGGGCAACAUCUUCAUUGCCACACGCACCAGAGAACAGACAGAGGUGUUGAACCAGAUGCUCUUUUACAAGCUGACUGGUGGCCAUGAAGCCCUCUAAAUAUCCAUGAGAUGAAGCUCUGGAACUCUCUUUAUGGUUUCAUCAUACUGUCAUAGACAGCUAGCUGGUGUGUCAAUCUAAGUAACACAGACAGCUAGCGGGUGCGUCAAUCUGUGUCAAUCUAAGUAACAUAAUAAAAAUCCUUCAGUUUAAGCUACA